AUGCCACUUGAUCUGCGCCUCCUAACCACCACCCUCCUCCUUCUACUUCUCCCAACACCACGGCCUUCCGCCGCAGUACAACCCCAGACGCCGCCCUUCCACGAGGCGCCGGCUUUCCGCAACACCGACUCUUGCCCGGCGCCGGCAGACCCGUCCGCAUCCCCGUACUCUCCGUCCUCCGCCACUCCGCCUGCCCGGAGAACGCCGCCUUCCACUUUCUCGCCGACCCCGCCUAACACCCCGCCCUUCGCGCCACCCUCGCCGCCGCCUUCCCCUACCUCCGCCUCCGCCUCUAUUCCUUUGAGCCCGCCAUAUUCCGCCCCCUCAUCUACUCUUCCAUCCGCUGCACUCUCGAUCAGCCCCUCAACUACGCCCGAAUCUACCUUGCCGACCUCCUCCCCGCCUCCAUCCGUCGUGUCGUCUACCUCGACUCUGACCUCAUCGUGGUGGACGACAUCUCUGCCCUCUGGCAGGCCAACCUCCGGUCUCCCGUCCUCGGUGCCCCGGAGUUACUGCCACGCCAACUUCACCCUGUACUUCACGUCCAGGUUCUGGUCCAAUCCCGUGUUCGCCGGCAAAUUCAGAGACCGACGGGCCUGCUACUUCAACACCGGUGUGAUGGUGAUAGAUCUGGAGAAAUGGCGCGCCAAGAGGCUGACUCAGAAGUUGGAGCACUGGAUGCAGGUGCAAAAACGGCACCGUAUCUACAAUCUGGGGUCAUUUCCGCCGUUCCUGCUGGUGUUCGCCGGAGACGUUGAGGCUGUGGAGCACCGGUGGAACCAGCACGGGCAGGGAGGGGAUAACGUGGUGGGGCAGUGUAGGGAUUUGCACCCUGGUCCAGUGAGCCUGUUGUACUGGAGCGGAAAGGGGAAGCCCUGGCUGAGGCUCGACGCUAAUAGGCCUUGUACCUUGGAUCACCUCUGGGCGCCCAACGAUUUGUACAGGCACGAGCCACUUUUUGCGGACAGCUGA